AAAGUUCUUACAAAUAAGACAUGCAAACCCUUGCUGACAAAAACUACCAAUCUCCGAUACACAAUGGCAUUUAAGUUGGAAAGUAACCUUACUUUACCAGGUAGAGCACGUGAUCUCUUGGAACCAGUUAUGAGGCAGGGUCAAAGGUGA